AUGGAGCCCGGGCCGCGCCGGCGGCGACGAGGGAGUCACCACCUGGUGGCAGCGUUCCUGCGCGACCCGGGCUCUGGGCGCGUCUACAAGCGCGGGAAGCUGAUUGGCAAGGGCGCCUUCAGCCGCUGCUACAAGCUCACGGACAUGUCCACCAGCACCGUGUUCGCCCUCAAGGUGGUGCCCCGCCGCAGUAGUGGGGCUGGGCAGCUGCGUCCGCUAGGGAAGGUGGAACGUGAGAUCGCCCUGCACAGCAGCCUGCGUCACCGCCACAUCGUGGCCCUGCAUGGACACUUUGCCGACAGUGACCAUGUGUACUUGGUGUUGGAAUACUGUAGCCGCCAGUCCCUGGCCCACGUGCUCAGGGCACGACAGACAUUGACGGAACCUGAGGUGCGUUACUACCUGAGGGGACUGGUCAGCGGCCUGCGCUACCUGCACCGGCGACGCAUUGUGCACCGGGACCUGAAGCUAAGUAACUUCUUCCUGAAUAAGAACAUGGUGGUGAAGAUUGGAGACCUGGGGCUGGCCGCCAAGCUGGGGCCAGGGGGCCGUUGCCGCAGAGUGCUCUGCGGGACCCCAAACUUCCUGGCCCCCGAGGUCAUCGCCAGGAACGGGCACUCCUGCCAGUCGGACGUCUGGGCCCUGGGCUGCAUCAUGUACACCGUGCUGACUGGCACCCCCCCUUUCACGGCCGCCCCCCUGUCGGAGAUGUACAAGAACAUCCAGGCUGCCCGCUACCCAGAGCCCUCCCACCUCUCGCCCCCCGCGCGCCGCCUCAUCGCCCGCCUGCUGGCACCCAACCCGGCCGAGCGGCCCAGCCUGGACCUGCUGCUGCAGGAUGACUUCUUCACGCAGGGUUUCAGUCCAGACCGGCUGCCGGCCCGCUGCUGCCACAGUCCGCCCGUCUUCGCCUGCCCCCAGCCCCUGGGCGGGCUGCUCCGGAAGGUGGGCCGGCUACUGCUGCCCCAGUGCGGGCCCCCCUGCCCCUUCACCUCCGAAGACGGGCUGGACCCCGACUCCAUGGAGUGGGGUAGCCAGGCCUCUGUGACCCCCACCUGCGUGCUCACACAAGGGACCCUUGGCGCUGGUCCGGAAGGGCCUGCAGGGAGCCUGCAGCCGGAGGUCGCAGCGGCCAUCCACAGACUGCAGCUUUGCCUGGACGCUGCCUGGCCCGCCCCCCAGGACCCCCCAGGAGAGCAGCGGCCCCUGCUCUGGGCCCCCCUGUGGGCGGACGACUCCAGCAAGUAUGGCUUCGGCUACCAGCUGUCGGACGGGGCCAGCGCUGUCCUGUUUCGGGACGGCACCCACAUGGCAUUGCGUCCCUCCACUGGCCGAGUAUGCUAUGUGCCACACCGGGGACAGCUGGAGAUGUUCGCACUUAGGGACACUCCAAGCCCGCUGGGCGCCAAGCUGGCUGUGUUGCGGCUCUUCACCUGCUCUAUGCAGAGGCGUCUGCGGGAGCAGGGAACCCUACCAGCAACUUCGCCAGCACCUGAACCCGGCCUUUGCCUGUUGAGCUUCUUUGCAUCCCAGCAGGCACUGCUUCUGCUGUUCAGUGACGGAACCGUGCAGGUCAGCUUCGGCAGGGGCCAGGCUCACAUGGUGCUGAGUGGCCAUGGCGAGGGGCUGUGGCUGACUCGCUGGGAGCAGGGCCCACCGGGUGCCUGUUACUCGCUGGACAGCCUGAGGCGCCACGGCUGCACGUCAGCCACCCGCCGGCAAUUGGGCCAUGCGCUGCACCUGCUACAGAGCACCCAAGGCUCCUGA